AUGGCUGCCCUAAGACCCCUGGUGAAGCCCAAGAUUGUCAAAAAGAGGACCAGGAAGUUCAUCCAGAACCAAUCAGAUCAUUAUGUCAAAAUUAAGUGUAAAUGGUGCAAGCCCAGGGUGCGGAGAAGAUUUAAGGGCCAGAUCUUAAUGCCCAGCAUUGGAUAUGGGAGCAACAAGAAGGCAAAACACAUGCUGCCCAGCGGCUUCUGCAAGUUCCUCGUUCACAACGUCAAAGAGCUGGAGGUGCUGCUGAUGUGCAACAAACCUGACUGUGUAGAGAAUCCUCACAACAUUUCUUCCAAGAACCGCAAAGCCGUCGUGGAAAGAGCAGCUCAGCCGGCCAUCAGAGUCACCGAUCCCAGUGCCAGGCUGCGCAGCGAAGACAAUGAACAGACAGCCUGCUUUCUACAUCCAUAA